AUGUGCACUUGCGUCCUCCCUGAGACCAGAACAGGGAAUGACAUCUCCCCGGCGCUGUCGGCAGUUACCGUCUUGUCAUCUCCGAUCGCAUACUUCGCACCCGGCCGGAGACGGGAACUAGGCUGCCUCAUCCCCUGGCCAUCUACAUCUUCAGCUCGGACAAUGCCCAAGUUGACGAGAUUGUUCGCCGCUUACAAGGGCACCCUGACGCCAGUUCAACGCAACACCAUGUCCGGAGGUGUGACCGUCAACGACGUGCUCAUGCAUGCCGGAGUACCGGGCACCCCGUUCGGCGGCGUUGGCGAGUCGGGUAUGGGGUACUACCACGGAAAACACAGAUUCCUCGCCUUCACCCAUACCAGGAUAUUCGUCUUGCCGUCCACGUGGCUGGAUAGGUUGAUGUCCUUCCGGUAUCCUCCGUUCGAUGUUCGGCACAGUAGCAAGUUGGCCGUCAAGAAUCGUCUCGGGUUCAAAAAAGGGAAGACGAUGGAAGACCAGCGAAUCAAACCUUGGCCCCCGAGGAAGACUGCGGCCUAG